AGAGUCCCGGGGAGGACGAAGGGGCGUUGGGGGGUGCGGUGUGGUCGGAAAGGGCGUUUGUGGUCCGAGGAUGGAAAGAGAGUGAGUUUCGUAAAAGAGCGGGGAGAGGGGCGGCUGCCCCACAGACGGUUUUUGUGGGUCCCUCGCGGUGUGACACACUCGACGUGGGAGGAGGGAGGGAGAGAGAGAGGAAAAGGUGGAGGUUUCCUGGGGGGGAGCUGAGAAAGGCUGUAAAAGGGGCGCAGGGAGGAAGUGUCCUGCUGACAGCCUGCUUUGCAAUGUCCCUUUAAGGCAGGUGGAUAAGCCCAGAGUCGGAUAGGCCAGAAGGAGGCGGGGGGGGGGGGCUUCGCAAAACCCGGGCGAAGUAGCCCAGAGGCGGGGAGGGUCUCUGCCCGCCUGCCUUCGCUUUCUCUCCGCGGGGCUGGGGGAAGGCUGCGAUGAAUGGUUUCAGCACUGAGGAAGACAGUCGGGAUGGGCCUCCCACCACCCCUUUCUACGGACAGAGUUGCUGCCUUAUCGACGACGGGGACCGCUGCGUCCGCCCGGCUGGCAAUGCCUCCUUCAGCAAGAGGAUCCAGAAGAGCAUCUCCCAGAAAAAGCUGAAGCUGGAUACUGACAAAAGCGUAGGACAUCUGUAUAUAUGUGAUUUCCACAAGAACUUCAUUCAGAGUGUUCGAAACAAAAGAAAGAGGAAGACCAGUGAUGAUGGGGGAGACUCUCCAGAGCAUGAGAUUGAUGUCCCAGAGGUCGACUUGUUUCAACUUCAGGUAAACACACUGCGUCGUUAUAAAAGGCAUUACAAGUUGCAAACCAGACCUGGCCUGAAUAAAGCUCAGCUGGCAGAAACUGUCAGCCGUCACUUCAGGAACAUCCCAGUGAAUGAGAAAGAGACACUUGCAUACUUCAUAUACAUGGUAAAGAGUAACAAGAGUAGGUUGGAUCAGAAGUCAGAAAGUAGCAAACUUGAAUGAAGAUCAGGCAGGUUUUGGACACAAUCAUAUGUGAAUUUGAAGAAGCGUCAGGUGCAUUAUGAAUACAAAAGAGUUAACAUUUUUGUAAAUUAAAGUGCAAACUAGAAAUUAUACAGAAAACUUUUGGUCCAGAAUAUUAGAAUACAUGAAUAUAUGUGAUGAUUCCAAAAUUUUCAAAGCCUAAUACUUGACUGAAGGGAUGGAGAUCACAGGAAAAAUCAAGAAGUCAAAUAUAAUGCCUGUCCACAGGAUUAAAAUUAAUCUCUUGAUUAUCAACAUGUGAUAUGAGUUCAUCAUUCUUUAACUGGAUCAUACCAUAUCCAUAUAGGGCUCUAGGACUUACUUGGUCCAGGUCAGGCAUGACACUGGAAUUUUGAUUCAAAAAACUUUGUCUGGGGUUCCUGUUUUUAAGUGUGGUCACCACUUGUAUUUAAUACAGGAUUACUUGCUUUGAGACAAAAUAUGUAUGGGUGCUAGAAGUUUUUAAACCUCGCCUUUUUGUAUGUAUAUGGUCUUAAUAGGAUACUAAAACUGUCCAACUCUGCUUAUUUGCUACUGGAACUUCUAUUUUGUGAAUUCACAAAAGUUAAAAUGUUAAAUGUUCAGGUGUUGUUGUUAUUUUUAAAAAGCAUCAUUUGAUUGAGAGCUAUUAGAAUUUAGACAUGCUAUCCAAUGCCCUUGCAAAGUGCAGUGCACAAAUUUAAUUCUGUUUUUUCACCAUACUAAAAAUGGCUUUAUUUAAGUUACUGUGGGCCAUUGAUCAAUAUUGAAAGCACCAGAUUAACAGCACAAUUUUAUAUAUAUCUACUCAGAAGUAAGCCCCAUUGAAUUCCACUGGUCUACUUCCAGAAAAAUGAGUGUAGGAGUGCAGCCCAGAUCUGUAACCAAAUAUUCAGUUAUAGACCUAAUCUGAUCUUGGUUAGGCAGAUAUCCAUUAGCCUAUCUGAUGCUUUGACAUUUGAAUGCACACAAUGCAAAACAUCAGUUAUGAUGUCAACAGUUAUGAUGUCUGCUCACUCUAAUUUUCUGGAAAUGAGAAUUAGUGCCAAUCCACUUCUCUCUCCUACAUGCAGCCACCUGAAAUGUGCAGUGACAAAGUUACCAUUGUUUAAAUUUCAUGUUGCUCUUCACCUUUUAUCCAAUCCAGAAUUCCUUAUGCACUGCACAUGUGUACAGCUUCCUCAUUUUCUUCAGUGGAGGAGGCAACACUAUGGUCUAAAAUAAGUCAACAACUUGUGGCCUGCUAGCUUUGGCUUGCAGGUACCUAACGUCUUAUGUCCUGGCCAACAACAUAUACAGAUUAUUGACCUCUUGAUGGACUGCUUAACAUGAAUGGUGAACUGUAUUUUGCUUAGUAAGUUACAUCUUGCCUGGUCUAAAGUAAGACUUUACCGAAGGUCAGAGUUGUAACACUCUGUUUCUUGUAGUUUUCGAAUUUUUUUCCACAUUCAACUUGGAGACUAUGAGCAUCAUAUCAGCCCUGUGCUGCUCUAGUCCUUGAAUUUGUUUUAUAAAAGCACAGAUUUAAGCACCUCUGAAAUCCAUCAGUCUUGUAUCGAAGUAAGAGGUGAGUGUACAGUGCAAGAUGCCGAAAAUCUAUUCCAAAGAUAAUUUCUCAGAUGAUAAGGUGAUAGGCAAGCAUUCAAGAGUAUUUUGGCAUCCUAAUAGUAGCUCUCUCCCCUACCCCAAACUCAUGUUAUGCUAUGGUGAUUAACUGUGUGGAAAGAUACUGCUUAAUUCAGCCUUACAUUUAUUUGUUGUGCAAUGCAGCCUUAUCUUUUUAAAUACUUUUCAAUCUGACAAAGCACAUGAAAAAUCUAAAAUUGGUCUCAAAGAUGCAACACUCAUUUGCAAUGGUUUGUUUCUGUUGCAAAUAGAUGAUCAAGAAACAAUGGAUAUGCGUCAUGAAUACAUAUUCUCUCAAUUAAUUGGAUACCACCAUUAAAUGUGGUUAUUUUCAGGCAGCUUCAGCAAAGGGUAUGUCAAUUUACCAUGUACUUCCAACAGAUACACAAAGUGCCACUUCUCUUUUCACUGGGAAAAGUGAAUUGAACUGACCACCAGAACACAAUUAAUAUUUAUAAGCAGAAGCUUGAGGACAUAGUUUUUGAUUUAUCUUCAGAAUAUUCAUGUUUGCAGUUAGAGGAAUUUUGCCAUGGUCAUCAAAGAGACACACACUGUAUGCCUCACUUCUAGACCAAAAAUGUACAUUUUUUUAGUGUUAGGUCUCAUUUUUUGUAAAUAAAUAACUGCAGGGUUUCAGCAGCCAGCUUCAAAAUGACUAUGGAAAAAUGCAGGUGCUACCCCUUUAGGCAUGGCUUUGGAAAUCAAAUCAAGGAAAUCAUUUCCCCAAAUAAAUUAAUUGGUGUAAAAUGUAAUUGUUAUUCAUUAUACAAGCCGAUCAGCAAUUGCUGAUAUCAUAAUUGUUGAGUCCUGUUGUAGUUUAGAGACAUCUCUAUAUGCCUUAUUUUCAGCUAGACCAACAAGGGUUGAACAAAUGUCAUGGCAGACAAAAUAAGCCAUUUUCAUGGCUUGUCAUGCUAGAAAGGAAUCCAGCUCACAGCAAUAUCUAUAUUCAGGGAGAAGCCUGUGAUUCUUGAACAUCUAGUGUAGAAUCACCAAAACCGGCAUAAUGCAGUUGUUUAAUGUAAUGGCAGAUUAUGCUGCGUGCCAUUUAAGGAAAUUAUCCAAUUCCUUGUGGUUUUAAUAAAACCUUCAUCAGCAUUUUUGAGCUUCAAAGGAUGUGAAGGAUAUUCUAAAAUUAAUAGAAUAUGUGAGAACUUAGUCACAUUGACAUGUUCGUUCAUACAAACUGGUGGGUUGCAUUUUAUCUUGAUUCUUGUCAACUAUAUAGUUUACAUGGGGUUUGAGCUAGUCAGCUACAAACUGUGGCUUGCGUGUGACAGUUCACACGUUUAAGAUUAGGUGUGGGAGAUUAUAUUGCUGACCACAACUAUACUGAAUGAAACUUAACUCCAAGCAAGAAGAUCUGUUUGAAACCUUCAAACUCAUUCAAGAACCCACUUAAAGCUAGCAGAAGGGCCAUCUUUGUUAAUGGGCUUUGCAUCAGAGCCAAGAACUUAAUGUGGCACAUCUUCUAUAACGAAGUUAACCAUCAAAUAUGGUGGUCCUCGGUGCAUUAGUUGUUGUAGUUGUAGUAGUGCAAGGAUUUUUGUUCAUCCCUUGAAUUGAAUGAAGGAAAGAGCAAAGUGAUGGGGAAUGUGCAAUGACAAUUAUAGCACUGGAAUGACACUUUUAUGAAUACAUUGUGCAGUUGAUUAAAUAGUCAGAAACUAAAUCAAGCAAGUCCAAGUGUGUUUCUGCAAUAUAAAUGUUGCAUAUCAAACUCCUGCACUAAAUUUCAGAUUUUGUCUUGCAAGGCAUAUCAUGAAAUAUGAUUCAAAAGUUAAGUCCUGCAGUUGUUCUUGCAGAACUCCUGAGUCUUAGAUUCAUAGACUAAUUCAAUCAAACCUUUUUUCCCCUGCCACCUGAAAUAUUUUAUCAGUAAACGUAUCUGUGUAAAUGUCAGCAAAGCCAAAGUAGCUCAUGGCUAGGAUAUUUUUUCAGAUUUUCGAAAGCAGACUUGAAAAGCCAUGAGCAAGAUAUAUCCCAGAAAUGCAGCAAUUGGUGACUUGUCUUGAGAGAGAACUUACUAAAACAGUAUUUUAAAUUUUGUGAUAACUAUAUAUUAGCCAAAUGCAAUUUUUGUGGGGGGUGGGUGGGUUUGGGAGCCUUGCACUUUACCUCAUGUUGAUAAAUUCUAAUGUAAAUAAGAUGGAACCCCUUGGCAUAUUAGAAAAAAGCAUUUUGAUAAAGUUGUUAAGACUUAAAAGGUGGACUGUUGUAUUCAGUGCACUAGUGUCACUUCGCCCUGUAUGUUGAGAUGAGGGACUGAUGAAUCUUCAGGACUGCUAUCCUAAAAGAAGUAUCUCUGUACUGGAACAAUUGAUUAAAGGGCCCUGCUAUAAUGAAGCAGAACAUCAGUGUUCCCUCACUUGUAAUAUCCCACAUGCUCAGUUGUGAAUCUAAGGGUGUGCUUGGAUUUGUUUGUUUCUUAAAAGUGUGAUAGUGGUGCAGGAUAAUUCUUGCUCUUCUGUAGAAUUUACCUAUUCUCAUUUAUUAAUACCUUAGAUGUUGAAUUUCAAAUGUUUCUGGAGGGGAAGGGGCUCAUGCCUUAAACUCAGAAUUUCAAUGAAAUGCUUAGCAAUAGUUUUUUCCUGCUGGUUGUUUUUGAGGUGUAGUUGUGUUUUUUACAGUUUUCAAACAUGAGCUUAUGGAGUUUGCCUUUUAUUAUGUUGCCUUCAUCCCUCCUUUCUUGUCCUGAUACACACUAGAAAAACAUAACAACUUACCUGCUAAUCUGUGUUUUACACCCCUUUGACAUAUAACAGGCUUACUGGCGGAAAACAACAUCCCUUCCCCUUCAUUCAUUCUGGUGGGCCUUCAAUGUCUUGUUCUGAUCUUUAUGCCAAAUGUUUUAGGCAAGCUUUCAUUGUGAAAUAAUAACUGUGUACUCUUAAAGCAACCUUGUGACUUACAGUGAAACUGUAUAGUUCUUUUCUCUAAGAUGUAUAGUGUAUCCUUCCUUCCACUGUAAGUUAAAACUCUGUGCUGUUGGACAAAGAUGUCAAUGCCUAAGGUGCAUUUUUAAUAAAUGAUCAGUUUUGCUGGUUGCA